AUGUCUGAGCGACUUGGGGCACUUAAAGUAUUGGUAUGGAAUGAUGCUCCACAAGCAAAAGCAGCCUUAGCGGACUUCUAUAAGCGCUUUAAGGAUGAAGCAUUGUCAUUAGAUCAAUGGUUUAUGAUUCAAGCAGCGCAUCCGAAAGCAACGGCUGAAACGAUUCAGUAUUUAACUUCACAUGCUGAUUAUGAUUUAGGUACACCUAACCGUAUUCGUUCAGUGAGUGGUGGUUUAAAUGCCAAUCCUGUCAAUGCAUGGAGUUUUGGUGUUCAGCAUUUUGUAGAUUUGGCGAAGUAUUUGGAUGAGAAGAAUCCAAUUGUUGGCUCUCGUUUACUUCAAGUGCUUACACGCUGGUAUACAUUAGCUGAACCACAACGAAGUGAAAGCCUGUUGCACAGCAUCUACACGUGA